AUGUCUUCAGAAAAACUCAUAACUCUCAAGACUAGCGAUGGCGAGGAAUUCCAACUCUAUGAGUCUAUAGUUAUGAGGUCACAAGUCAUCAAAAACAUAGUACAAGACGUGGAUUGUGCUUCUAACGUCAUCCCCCUAACUAAUGUUGGUCGCAAAACUAUGUGCAAAGUGGUUGAAUAUUGGAAGAAACACUCGGAGGAAGGUGUAUCGAAAGGAGUAUUGGUGGAUUUUGACAUGAAUUUCAUGAAGGUGGAUCAGUCGGUUUUGUUUUAUCUUCUCUUAACUGCUGAUUCUCUUAACGAUAAGGAGAUGCUAGAUGUAAUGUGUCAAGAAGUUGCUGAUAGAAUCAAAGGUAAAACCCCAGAGGAAAUACGUAAAGAAUUUGAAUUUGUUAUCAAGAAUGAUUUUACUCCAAAGGAAGAAGAGGAGAUUCGUAAAGAGAAUGCUUGGGCUUUUGAAUGA